UACAGUAAUUUGAGUUUUCUUGUAUACAAGUGUUGUAUUUAUGUCUUCUUUUUAUUUAUAAAUAAUUAUACGCUUUGGCAAACUAGGGCUAAAUCCAACUGAAAAGAGAUCUUACGUAUAAUAAUUAACUGUUCCGUCUAGUUUAAAUUGUAGAGAACGGAACUAAUGUUCUCUUCGUGGUUAAAUUCAUGUAGCCCCUAGGCUAGGUUCUUAAACGCCUAAAGUAAGGACAAUUAACCAAGAAUAAAAUUCAAUUAUGAGUGGCUUCUACAUAUCUGUGAUUGGAAGAAUUGAAAAAGCGGAGUUUCCUAAUUUUGACAACCUUUACUGCAAGUUUUCUUUUCACUACGGUCAGGACUGGGAAGUUACAGCGGGUAAUGAAGAAGGAAUUUCACAAAUUGGACAAAAAAGUUUGGACGAACGGCAGUUAGUCGUGUGGAACUAUCCUUUUGAGAUCACCUUCAAAAGCACAAAUCCUUUCGGUUGGCCGCAGCUGAUUCUCAGCGUUUAUGGGCCAGAUGUUUUUGGAAACGACGUGCCUCGAGGAUACGGAGUGUGUCAUUUGCCGAUAGCUGCAGGACAAUACAAUAAAAGCAUGGCCAUGUUUGUACCGGAGUCAAGCUCAACCCUGCAGAGAGUAACGUCCUGGCUGACAGGCCGACGUCCGGAGUUUAUUGACCCUCGGAUCCUGGCCCAGGGCGAAGGCAGAGAAGUGACCCGAGUGCGCAGUCAAGGCAGAGUGUACAUUACAUUCAGCGUCAUCACCAAGGACUUCCAAGCUCACAAUUUGAAUAACACUCAACGUCCGGCCAUAACCAACGGAGCUUUGGCCAGUGCCAUCGGAAACCUCAACCUGUCUUGAAACUGAACAUUUGUAACUUAAAAAAUAAUAGAUAAGUGUUAGGCUCAGUCUUAACAUGUAAUUAUUGUAAUCAAUUCCGUCCACAUCAAAUGUUUCAAAAGUUGCCAAGUGCCUUCUGUAUCCCUGCUUUUUUCAAUUUUGCACUUUUGAAAAUGGUGUAGGCUACAGUUUUAGAUAAUUUUGCUCUAGUAUUUAUUGAUCUCAUGUUUUUUUUUAUUAUGUAGAAAUAUAAGUUUGUUUGGAAGAAAGUUUUAUAAAAUGAAGUAUUGAUAUUUAACUGGGGUCCAACCACAAAGCAUAGAAUAAAUAUAGAGGCGGCACUUGCCGUCUGGAGUGAAUCAAGCUUCUCGCACCAAGAUGGCGGCCGGCCCGGUCUCGGAGCGGUAGCUUAAUCUAAUUCAUAAAGUAGCAUAGAAUAACACAGUGGUUCUUUAGAAUAACACGCCGUGUUUUCCAAGUUCCGAGUCUGCCACCAAGAUGGCGGAAAUCGGCUUCACUACAGGUAUAGCUAUAGGUAUAGGAGUGGCGACUCUUUUUUUUUUUUUUUUUUUUGUAAAAGAGGUUGGUGGCCUCUUUUAACCUUGCAUUUGCCCGUCCACAUAGACUAAGCGCCCGUGUGUGGAUCGUUUGCAGCAAAGCAAGGAGUGAGCCGGUACAGUACAAAGGUGAACUGUACUGAUAAAAUGUUAUUGGCAGUGACCAGGAUCCGAACCCACGACAUCGCUGCCUUGGGCCCGAAGUCCGCGACGCUACCGACUGAGCCACUGACUCUAUAUUUAUUCUAUGCUCUGUGGGUCCAACCUAUCUUCUGUAAUAAGGAUUCACAUGUUUCAGAGGAUUAUAUAAAAAAAUUUUACGUAACUACUUAGACAAUGGGGCACAAUGUUUUCUAGCAUAACUUUUGAUAAAUGUUGUAGUUGAAGGCCUGUAUUAUAAUUAGCAUUGACUAUACAGUCAGUGGUUUUACACACCAUUUAAAACGAAAGACCAAAGAUUUCAGUAACUAUUGUUUCAAAGAUUUCACAAAUUGUCAUAUAAUCUAAGCUUUCACCAAAGAAUUUUAGGUUUAGGAUUUUAUACAAUAAAUAAUGUG